AAUUUGUUUAGAUAGUAAUAAUAAUCAUUGAAUGUCGGAUCAUAGAUUGUUUUUUAAUUUCCGAUAAAAAUAUUAUUGAAAUCUCUUUUGUCUCUCACUGAUACGUUAUUUUUCUUUUACUAUAUUAAAAUAUGAUAUAUUUAUUUACACACUAUUUAUUAACACACAUACACAUGUAUAAAAAUAUAUUAAUGAUUUGUUAAAUAUAACAAUAAUUAUUACUGCAAUUGUUCUUUUUACGUUUUCAAUUUGUUUAAAUUUGUUUUUAUUUCUCCUUGUUAUUAUCACUAAAAUAAUAGCAGAUCUCUUUAAACUUUGCGCUACUCGUGCCAGAAAGUCCUAUUGUGUUUUUAUUUAGUUGAAUCUACAUUUUUUUCAUAGUCCUUUUUGCCUUUUCAUUAUAUUUCAAUCAAAAGCGAAUUAAAUGGAACUUUCCUUCCCCCGACAAUCAUCUCUUUUUUUCUUUACGACAAGAACGGGCCGUUGACUCAGUGGCGGCAGUGGUAUCUCCUCAUCUGUUAAAAGACGUAGCCGCAUUCAAUUACCUAUCUGCUGUAAAUCGAACUAGCGCGGCAAAGAGGCACUGUAGAAGUAAUGUGUGUCUAAAAAACGCAAUAUCGGACGGGGAGGGGGAGGAAAAAAGGCGAUUUAUCCGCUUAUGUAGAUAGGAGAUACGCGCGUCUAUCACGGGGCUUGAAGCGCGCGCUAUUCUCCGAUUGGCCGGCCGCUGAUAGCGCGGCAAAAAAUGAAUGCGCGCGCGCGCGCGCGCGCGGGGACUCGACCGGGGCCUGUUUUCCACUUUCAUCGACUUCCGUUUUUGCGGACGGGGAAUACGGAGCGGCGCGGUGGCGACGGUGGUUUCCAUCUCGACGGACGCGCCCGGACACGACAAGGCCGGCAGUGAGGCGAUCGACGAUCGUUGAGAUCCGCAUCUUGCCACGAGCGUCACUGCCACCGUCCUCGUUGUCAUCGUCGUCGUCGUUCGUUCGUCGUGCGCUGACUUUCACUUUUCCGCGGCAAUACCUCGUAUCUUUGAUCACGCAAGAGACGGUCAGGGAAAUGGAACGGAAAAUGAUAAUGAUAUGGAACGAUUGCAAUAUUUCAUUGGUUUUUUGCUUUUUCAUCACAUUAAUUAUCUUCACGUCGGCAUACGAUCCGGAUGACAAGUCCCUAAAGGAUAUCCUCUUACCGGAAGGUCAAUUCGAGGCGUUUUACCUGAAAGGUACGCAAGACGAGGAGCAAAACGCCGUGAGGCCGCCCCAUCUUCACGGAUCUUUUCAUCAAUAUCGAAAUCCGGCAUUAGUUGACGCGCCCAACAGCGCGGCAUACGGAUUUCGUUUCGACGGAAAACGCCGCUUUAAUUUCAGUUGAACUAUCACUAAUAAUUAAAGAAAAAAAGAAAAAAAAACAAAAAUAAAAAUAAAACGAGGGAGCACUGAACAUGCCAGAAGUAUUACUGCGCUUUCAUCAAGAAUUGCGGUUAUCAUUGAAAUGUGAAGAUCAGGUAUGCGUAGAUGUCUGGCAGUUAGCGGUUAGAGCGAUUUGCAUCAUUUUGUUUAGUCAUGCGUGUAAACCGAAAGUGUUUAUGAAUAAGACAAAUUUCACUUGUAUCGUUUUCUUUAAAUAAAAACCGUGAAUGCGGUUUACAAAUUAUUCUUGUAAAAUUUACAACAACAGUUAUAUAAGUAUGUAGUUGACAUUUUUUCGAACGAUGUUUUUGAUUUAUGAGAGAAUAAAGCACACAUUUUGGACCA